CGGGCCAUGGCACGGCCCGCCCGCCGCCGCCGCCUCCGCCUCGCCCGGCCCGGCACGCAGCUCUAGUCUGACCCCCUUCCACCAUCCCGCCCCGGCCCCGCCAUGGAGAAUGAGCAGCUCCCAGCUCCAGCUCCUGCCAGCAGCGCCGGUGGCACAGCCCCAGCACCCGCCAGCACCGCGGCCACGCGCCCGCCCGGGCCCCAGAUCUCCGUCUACAGCGGCAUCCCCGACCGCCAGACCGUGCAGGUGAUCCAGCAGGCGCUGCACCGGCAGCCCAACACGGCGGCGCAGUACCUGCAGCAGAUGUACGCGGCGCAGCAGCAGCACCUCAUGCUGCAGACGGCCGCGCUCCAGCAGCAGCACCUCACCAGCGCCCAGCUCCAGAGCCUGGCCGCCGUCCAGCAGGCAAGCCUGGCGGCGAACCGGCAAAGCGGCUCCUCGGGGGGCAAUGGCACCCAGCCGGCCCCGGCACAGCAGCCCACGAUCAACCUGGCGACGUCGCCGGCGGCGGCACAGCUGCUGAACCGGGCGCAGAGCGUGGGGCCCGGGGCGUCGGGCAUUGCUCAGCAGGCCGUGCUGCUGGGCAACACUGCCUCACCCGCCCUCACCGCCAGCCAAGCCCAGAUGUACCUGCGGGCACAGAUGCUCAUCUUCACACCCACGGGCCCCGUCAGCGCUGUCCGGCCCGAGAGCCCCGCGCCAGCCCCUCCACCGGCCCCGCCACCUGCCCCACCACCCACCACCCCUCAGCCCCCCGGGGGUGCCCCUCCCCGGGCUGGCCCCCCCCGGGGGCCCCCGCCCGAGCCCCCCGCCGAGCACCUCAAAAAGGCCGAGGGGCACGAGGGCCGCACCCAUGCCCUGGCCCGCACCACCGCCCCCGCUGCCACCCACCCGCUCGUCACCCCAGCCUAUGCCCCGCUGCAGCCUCCCCAGUUCCUGCAGCAGCCGCCGAAGCCGAUGCAGCCGCAGCCACCGCAGCAGCAGCAGCAGCAGUUCGUCAUCCAGCAGCAGCAGCAGCAGCUGGGCCCCCGUGGGCAGCCUCCCUCGGGACCCCCCACAACCCCCCAGCUGCAGCCCCUGCCCCCUGCCAGCCCCGGCACGGGCCCCCAGCCCAAAACAGGGGUCCCCCAGGGAGCAGGGGGCGAGGGUGGCCCCCCCAACGGGCACCCUGGCUGCCACGCUGCCCCCCGCAAGUUCCAGCACGCCUCGGCUGUCAUCCUGCAGCUGCAGCCCACCGGCCCCACGCCGUCCCUCGCGGUCCCCGAAGGCGCCCGCCGGGACCCGCUGCCCGUGCCGAGGAGCGCCGAGAGCCCGCCUGCCGCCCCGCCGCAGCCCCCCGCCCUCUCACCGCCCGCCGCCCCCCCGGGCCCCGACACCCCCGAGGGCGAGCGGCCCCUCACGCACGAGCCCCCCGAGCGCCUCCAUGCGCAGCCCCGCAUUCCCGGGAUGACCUCGGGCUCCGGCAGCGCUGCCGCCACCGUCGCCGGCGCCGCCCCCCACAAUGGUGAGAACAAACCGCCCCAGGCCAUCGUGAAACCCCAGAUCCUCACGCACGUCAUCGAGGGCUUCGUCAUCCAGGAGGGCGCCGAGCCCUUCCCGGUGGGCCGCUCCUCGCUGCUGGUGGGGGCCCUGCACAAGCAGUAUGCGCAGGAGCUGCUGCCGGACAAGCUCCCACCACAGGACAACACCACCACCACCGACUCGGACAUGGAGGAGCCGUACCUGCAAGAAUCCAAAGAGGAGGGGAACCCCCCCAAGUUGAAGUGUGAGCUCUGUGGCCGCGUUGACUUCGCCUACAAGUUCAAGCGCUCCAAGCGCUUCUGCUCCAUGGCCUGUGCCAAGAGGUACAAUGUGGGCUGCACGAAGAGGGUGGGGUUGUUCCACCCAGAUCGCAGCAAACUGCAGAAACCAGGAGGGCCCCCCCACGGGCGGCGCCGCAGCUGCAAGGGGACCCUGCCCCCCCUGAGCAAGGACAGCAAGAAACAGCCGCCGGGGUCUGUCCCAGCGGGGUCGGUGACGGCGUCGUUGCAGCUCAACCACAGCCAGGAGGAUUCCAGCCGCUGCUCUGACAACUCCAGCUACGAGGAGCCGCUGUCGCCCAUCUCCGCCAGCUCCUCCACGUCCCGGCGCCGGCAGGGGGAGCGGGACAUGGAGCUGCGGGACAUGGAGCUGCCGGACGUGCACGGCCGCGACCUGCCCGGCCUCGGCCACCGCUUCCUGCCCAGCGAGCCCAGCAAGUGGAACGUGGAGGACGUUUACGAGUUCAUCCGCUCGCUGCCGGGCUGCCAGGAGAUCGCGGAGGAGUUCCGGGCUCAGGAGAUCGAUGGGCAGGCGCUGCUGCUGCUCAAGGAGGAUCACCUGAUGAGCACCAUGAACAUCAAGCUGGGCCCUGCGCUCAAGAUCUACGCCCGCAUCAACAUGCUCAAGGACUCCUGAGGGGGGGCCACGGGACCCCACUCCCCCCGUGGGACCCCCGCAGGACCCCCAACGCGGCCCCGGGGAGGGGGCGAGGGGGGGAAGACACUUGUGAGCACACCCGGCCCCCCCUGCCCCCCCGGGGGUGUAAAUAGCCCGUAGCUCUAGAGCCCCCCCUUCUCCAGCAGGGAGGGGGGUCCCCACGUGUUGCCCCAUGUCCCCCCCAGGUCAGCAGAGCCAAGCAGGACGGUUGCCUUAACGUGUGCUCCCUCCCCCAGCUGGGAUUGGGGCCCCCAGGGAGGCUUGGACUCCCCCCUCAAGGGGGUCAGGGAGAGGUGGGGGGCGCGGAGGAGGCGUCACCCCCCAUUCACACACACCCCCACUCACUGGGCUGUUUUUGGGGGCACCUUAACAGAGGACAGUGGUGGGGGUCCUCCCCCAGGCAGGUAAGGACCCCCCCACUGCCCCCUCAGCCAGCACGAUCUUUUUAAGAAAAGAAAAGGAAAAAAAAAUUGCAAAAAAAA